AUGGCGGCCACCGCCAUCUCCGUCGCCCGCCGCAGAGCCCUGACGGUGGCCCUCCGAGCGCUUGGAGGGCCAUCUCCAAAAAAGUACCCCUGCUUCGCCCCGCGGGUCUUCCACGGGUUCUGCACCUCUCAGUCCAUAAACGACCAGCCUUCCGGAUCGCCGGAUCGGCCUCCGCAUCCCUCCGCCGGCGGCGCUACGGAGUUAGCUUCUCCGAGGGAGGAAGAAAAGGGGAGGCCGCGGCGCCGCCCGACGGAGUCAUCUGCGCCGCUGCACGAGACAAUAUGCUACAUGAUGGCGAAGCGGCCUUGGACUACUCGCCUCCAGAACUCGAUCCGAUCCCUCUGCUCUUCCUUCGAUCAAGAGCUCGUUCUCGCUGUCGUCCGCGGGGCUCGAGAGCCCGACCACGCCCUCCGCUUCUUUCGCUGGGUUGAAAAGACGGGCUUCCGCCACGACACCGCCACCUACGGCGAGAUCGUCCGUCUCCUCACCCGGCAUCGGAUGCUCAACCACGCGCGCGGCCUCAUCCUCGACGACAUGCCCAAACGCGGCCUGCAGCCCGACGAGAGGAUGCUCGCGGCGCUGAUCGAAGGGUACGGCCUCGCCGGUAUCCCCCAGGAGGCCGUCAAGAUCUUCCGGCGAAUGCCCGAUCUCGGUGUGGAGCGCGGCGUCCGAUCUUAUGAUGCCUUCUUCAAGGCCAUCCUCCGCAGCGGGCGGGCGAUGAUGGCCAAGCGGGUCUUCAACCAGAUGCUCCGGGAGGGUGUGGAGCCGACGCUCUUCACCUUCAACAACCUCAUCUGGGGCUUCUGCCUCUGCCAGCGCAUGUCCACGGCCGCUCGCUUCCUCGCGGAAAUGAAGGAACGCAGCAUCCUGCCGGACGUCGUGACGUACAACACCUUCGUCGGCGGGUUGGUGCGCGGUGGGAAGCUUGAGGACGCCGAGAAGAUGUUUGCUGAAAUGGGCAGCGCCGGCCUCGCCCCCAAUUCGAUCACCUACGCCCUCCUGAUCAAGGGGUACGCGUCGAGCGGCAAGGUGGGGGAGGCCCUGCGGUUUUUUGCCCAGAUGGUGGAGAAGGGGAUAAAGCCGACGGAGCAGACGUACUCGGCGUUGCUCCCAGGGCUCUGCGGCGACAUGGAGAGGCUGGGAGAGGCCAAGAAGCUGCUGGGCGAGAUGACGGAGAGGCACAUCGGGCUCAGGGAUGGCUCAGUGUUCUUGAAUCUCAUUUCGGGCCUCUGCGGGGCCGGGCGUCUGGAUGAGGCUCUGCAAGUCCUCCCGAUGAUGGAGGGUCUGAAGGCCAGGGCCGAUCUGUCGCACUACAACGUUCUGCUCGAGAAUCUGUGCAGAGAGAGCAGAUACGAUAGGGCGGUCGAGAUGGUGGACGAGGUCGUCGAGAAAGGCGUUCUCCUGGAUCCUCGCAGCUCCUCUUCCGAGAUGAGCCCCGGCGCCUACAAUCCGGUAAUCGAGUACAUGUGCCGCAAUGGGCUCACGAAGAAGGCUGAGGCGCUCUUCCGGCAGGUGAUGAAGAAGGGUGCCGACGAUCCGGUGGCCUUCGACAACCUGAUACGGGGGCACGCGAGAGAGGGCACUCCGGAGUCCGCCGCCGACAUACUCGCCAUCGUCAACCGUCGGGGAGUCACCACGGAGAGCGACGCGUACGCGAUGCUGGUGGAGAGUUUCCUGGGGAAGGGAGACCCGGCAGUGGCGAAGGCGACCCUGGACAGCAUGAUCGAGCAAGGUCACCUGCCGAGUCCGUCGCUGUUCAGGUCGGUGAUGGAGGCGCUCUUCGAGGACGGCCGGGUCCAGACGGCGAGCCGGCUGAUGAGGAGCAUGAUAGAGAAGGGCGUGAGGGAGAACCUGGACGUGGCUCACAGGAUCCUGGAGGCGCUCCUCACGAGGGGUCACGUCGAAGAGGCCCUCGGCCGUAUCAAUCUACUGAGGGUGAACGAGUGCGCGCCCGACGUGGACCGCCUCUUGCUGGUCCUCUGCGACAAGGGCAAGACGAUCGCGGCGCUGAAGCUGGCGGAAUUCGGGCUGGAGGCCGACUGCGAGAUCGACUUCUCGACUUACGACCGCGUGUUGGACGCGCUGUCGGAGGAGGGCAAGACGAUGAGGGCGUACACGCUGUUGUGCAAGAUAAAGAAGAAGGGAGGCGCGACGAACCAGAAGGGCUGCCAGGCACUGAUAAAGUCCCUGAUUGCUGAGGGGAAGACCGAGCAGGCGGACACCCUGUACAGGCUGGUAUUCGGCCACGCCCGGGGGAAGAGGAGCGGCGCCUCCGCGGAAGGGGAGGAAGCCGCCUGA